GAGGACGAGAACGCCAGCCUGCGCGAGCUGGUCGAGGACAUGAGGGCCGCCCUGCAGAGCAGCGACGCCCGGGGCUUGGCGCUGCAGGUAGGAUUGUGGAAGAGUCACGCAAAUCAUAAGAAGAAUGGGAUCUGCUUUAUAGGCAGCCAAAGACCAUUAACAAACAGCCAGUCCCAGACUUCUAAGUGCCUUCAGAGUGUACUGAAGGAGGUUGAACUAAUCCGAAGUUCCAGGGAUGGACAAAUUGAAGAAGCAAUUAGGUUUAAUCAAGAACUGGAAAAAGAGCUGAAGAGUUCUCAUGAAGCCCUUGCCGCCCUGGAAGAUUGCAAUCGCAGCUUAAAGAGGGAGCAAGCCGAAAUGAGGAAGAAGGUUGAAGAAGCAAGAUCUGCUGUCCUUAAUAGCCUUGGAAAAGUAAAGGAACUAGAAGCCAAAGCCCUUAAAGUGCCACAAUUGCAGACAUACAUCCAGCAAUUAGAAUCAGAGCUACAGUAUUACAGGUCGGAGGUCAUGAAGCUUCAGGUUUCUUCAAAAGGAAACUCAGGGCAGAAAGGAAGUGCAGCCACCAAUGGACAAUAUGCCAUAUCGGUUGUACAUCAAGAUAGAAGUUCACCAACUGGUGGUGCGGGGAUGUCAGAGAAUGGGGAAGAUCAGAUGUUUCGUUCUGUGGAAGGUCAGGCUGCAUCAGAUGAAGAGGAAGAAAAAUGGACAGGAGAUCAGCAGUUCCAGGUGGCUGAAGUGAAGAAACUCCUAGCCAGACUUCCUUGUUGCAGUAAUGGGUGCGAUGACACAAUGAUGAAGAAGCUGAUAUCUUCCUUUGGGAACACCAGCAGGGACGGCUGUGAGAAGACCAUUGUGGAGCUGGUUGGACGGCUCUCAAGGUUAACGGAACAGCUCGAGAUGAAAGGGCAGGAAGUGAAAGCACUAGAAACAAAUAUGGAAGAGGAAAACCACACAUUGGGGAGAUCUUAGAUACACUCUGCCAUGAACUGACGGACUGUGAACUCGCCUUCUUGAAGCAACCUUCUUGAGAAAGCUCCAGGACACAACUUCUGGGCUAGCUCUUCGGUUAUUUCCUGCUAAGCAGUUGUACCUCUGACUGUGGGUUGUAGCUAUUGCCAUUCUUAAAAGCUGCGACAUACAAGCACAGGAUGUCCUGUGCCCUAGGGAAUUUGUCAAAUUGAAAAGCUGGAAGACUGGAGACAGUUUCUGGAACUAGAAGAUGCCAUUUCAUGCCAAGUCAGACAGAUGGUCCAUUGCAAAGCCGAGAAUUGUCUGCUGUGACCAGCAGCACACUUUGAACACAGUUCUCUAGUUGGGAGGGUGCAGAUCCUUCUCAUCCUGUCUUAGGAGUCUGAUUCAAGUAGAGAGGCCUGGAAUGCAAGCCUCAGAUUAUCUGUCUCCUUACUCUGAGUCCUUAAAUGAUGCAGAGUACAUCUGAGAAGCUCGGUCACUUAUCUUUUGAGCAAAACAUGCCCGGGAGAUCACUUACUCAUCCUAGGAAUUAUUCAAUAAGUAGCACAGAAAGCCUCCAUAUUCUUCGUACCCGAAGUCUACUGAUCUACUCUAUGAAAAAUAUUGUGCUGCCCUGUAGAAUGUUGUGUCCCUCAUUAGAGUUGGAGAUACUAAUCGGCAAUUUUUUAAGAGUAAAAUAGUGUCUUGAGUGUCUCACUAGUGAGAAAAAGAAAUGCUAUCAACAUAAAAAAGGGAAAAUAUGAAUGUAUUAAAAAACACCCAGGUUGCUUAUACUUUGAAUCAGUGGUAGGCACACUUUGAGUCCUUAAGGUUUAAUUUUUCUUUCUGCUUGAAUCUCAACAUCCGCCUCCUGAAGUUGUGGAGGACAUGGCCUGGGAAGGGAGAUUAUAUACUUAGGAUUAAGGAAAGUAGAUUCUGUUUGUUUUCUGUUGCAGGCCUGAGUUUAUCAUUAUUUUUUACCCAGGUACACUCCUGGUUUUCUCCAUUUUCAGCAGCCUGUUUCCAGUGAGAGGAGAGCAUGGUUGUUGUGAUGACUGGAAAAGUGAAAGCUUGACACCCUUUGUUGAUGGACUACAAAUGGACCAAUCCAUCUCCCAGUAGAUUAACAUCUACCUUCUGCUCCCAUUGGAGAAGCUGAAGUCCAGUCCUCCUUAACUAGGAAUCCCAGAUUAUAGUACCAGGAGCCAUAAAUGGUGGACAAACAGGCCCAGGUCAAAACAGGCACAUACUGGAACCUGAGGAAAUAUCUAUGGAUUGUUUUUACCACCUGUAGUUGUGAGCGAAUAUAUGUGCUGUAAACUACAAAAGCUGAUAUGAUAAAUGCACAUGUGCUUAUAAACAUGUAUCCUAUUUAAUUCUUGAGUUACUGUAUGCUUGGAUUUCUAUUGAACUGGAUAUAUUAUUUUAAAUUACAGGCCCUCUAAAAUGUAGUCAUGCUUCAGUAGUAAUUUCUAACUGCUGUCUUGAGUUGUAACUUUUUCAUUCCUGCAUUAAACACUACCUUUAUCUUUUGGACAUAACUGCAGUGCAUCUGUUGAUCAGACUUUUACAUGGAGGAAGGGCAGAAUAGUAACGCAGUGUCUUUGUAGGUACAAUUCAGAGACAGUGGAAGACAUUUCCCCUGGGAAGGGGAGGGGCUGACGUUGUCUUGCUAUGCAUUAAUUCUCUGCAGUAUGACCUAAAGCAAUUCUCACUUCUUCUUCUACCUCUGGCUGUGUGGCUGUCCACAGGCCCUGAAUUGGUUGUCUCCUGACUCACUCUUUCCUGGAUUAAACAGGUUAUCCAGACUAUCAUCAGCACCCUUGCUGCAAUUAGCUACGUACUUAAUUAUGGGAUCCUGCAGUGCCAUUUUCUUUAUUUUCUAGUUGUCUGAGUACUUGCACAAUUUAGAUCUAACAAAAAAGAGUGUGUCUAGGGGGGUUAAUAAUGAGAUGUUCUAUUGAAACAAGGUUCAGAGAAAGCAAUCAGGUGGAAGAAAUUAUGUAGGCAACUUUCUCAUUUUGACUAGGUGGGAUAGGGCGACAAAUUCAAUCAAGCUGUCGAAUAAGAGCUGGUUGUGAAAUCAACCAGACUAGAGAUUUGGCUUUCUCAGAGAAAACCAAUGAGUUUUUAAAAUUCAAUGCAUCUUCUAUAGUAAGAACUACCAGUAUGAUUCUGGCUACUAAUUAAAAAGAA